CCCCCUGAGCCGCAGUGAGUUUGUGCAGAGUGUGCGGAGAGUGUAGCGGUCACACAGCCGCAGGAGAGCCGGGUGCUUGCAUGCUUUCUGUCCGCUCGGAGCGCCACUUCUCCCCCGGGGAAUAUCUCACUUCUGUGUCCGCCUUCCCGACGCUUCCGCCCGGCUUCUGAUGCGAGUGUGAGCCGCUGAUCCGCCGCCAUGUCUCCCCGCUGUUCCUCCCUCCCUGCCCCCCCUCCCCCAGCUCCAUCAUGCCCAUCCUCAAAAACCUCCCAGUGCGCCUAAAAGGCGGCGGCCCGACUCUAGAAAACGCUUGGAUCCUACGCAGGAUGAGCCUCAACAUCACCCCCAACCACCACCAUCACAACCCCUUCGACAAUGACGACGACAGCAUCCACGGCAACGGCGGCCACGGCGACCACUGGUCGCCCGGCAGCUCGCUGCUGGACGGCGACGUGCAGAGGGAACGCAACCCGUUCGAGGACGAGGAGGACGAGAACGAGGCCAACGAGGGGAAGAAGGGGAGCGGAAGUGGAGGCUCGGCGAAGGGAUCUUUCAAGUUCAUGUCCCCGCUGAAGACUCUGGGGAAGCUGGGGAAGAACCUGAGGUUGUCGGGGAGGAGCAAAGGAAGUGCAACGCCAUCCCCGCAGGGCUCGCUGCAUGGAACGCCCUCGCCCGCCGAGAAAAAGAAGAGGGGACGGAGGAGCUCUGAAGGAAGUCUGUUGAGGUUUGCCGGGAAAUACCGUGACACCCUUGGCUCCCGUAAGGAGUCUCUCAUCAACGGCGAGCUGAACUGUUCAGAGAGCGAGUGCGACACAACCAGCCGGCGCCUGUCCUUCAUGAAGAUGGUGGGCCUGGGGAAGCUGAAGAGGGAGUCCAUGAACGACCACUCGUCCCAGGGCCCCGAUGAUCAGCUGGUGCAGGAGGAGGCCCUGGAGGAGGUCAAACCCAGAGAGCCACUGUCAGUCCUGGAGAUCCUGCAGCUGGUGAAGAAGCGAGACCUCCUAUUGGCCGACAGCCACAUCCUGGAGCUGGAGCAGGAGUGCAGCGAGUCGUCCGAGCCCGAGGACGCCGCUAGCCCGGGCGUGAAGGACGGCGGGCGCCGGAAGGCGAAGGACGUGGAGCUGCUCUACGAGGAGCUGCAGAAGGAGCUGUGGGCCGUCGUCAGGGAGUCGCUACGCUCGCCAACGGCUGGACCCAACCUCGGACUCGUGGUGCAGGUCCUGCAGCAGGAGGAGCAGGUAGAUAAAGACUGGGCCCAGAGUGCGGCUGCGGCCCCCGGGGCCGAGGCCUCGCGUCUGAAGCAGAGGUGGAGGGGAGGCGGUGGAGGAGCCGCCGGCGGCUCUCUCCCUCAGAAGGCCGGGAUUCACCGCUGGAGAGCUGGACCGAUACCUGGACCGUCUCCGGCCCCAGCGUGGUGGACGACCUGGGGCGCCGCCAAGAGGAGGAGCGUGGUGUCCAUCUACCCCGAAGACUUCCAGCCCUUCCAGGUGAGACGCAGUGACGGGACACACGGAAACACCUGGAAGGAUCUCCUCUUACUGGAGACCUAG